AUGGAAUCCGCUGCGACGGGUUUUGUAUUCAGUCUCAGUUCUGAUCAGUUAUCCGGCAUUGUCAAAGGCUUCGAUCGUCUGACUGGAGAGCCAAUUGAGCCCGAGAUGGAAGAUCCAGAGGUUGUCGCUGCUCGUCAAGAGCAAGAGAAACGUCGCAAAGACAAGCAUCGCAGAAUGGAGGCCGAUCGUGAGCGCAUGCGUCAGCAAAUCCGCAACAAGUACAACCUGAAAAAGAAGGACGAGGCUCGUGAGCAAGAGAUUGCUGGGCGCAUUGCUGGGAAUCGUAAAACUCCGGAACAAGUGGCCUUGGAGACUCUUCAUGCAGAGGAGGAUGAAAGCUUGAUGACUGCUAUCAACGACACUUUUGAAAAGGCUAAGAACACUGUCGCAUCGGCUUGCACCACCGUCAAGAACGUUGUCUCCCUCUGGAAAACCUAA